AUGAACCCAUCCUCCCUCUUCCGUGCCGCCUCUCGCUCGGCCCUCCGUGUUUCGUCCACGGCCCCCCCCGCCGCUUCGCGCGCGGCGGCGGUGCGCGGAUAUGCGACGAGCUUCAACUGGGAGGAUCCUCUUGCCGCGUCAGAGCUCUUUACAGAGGAAGAGCUGGCCAUCCAGGAGACUGCGAGACAAUAUUGCCAGGCGCGUUUGCAACCACGGGUCUUGGAGGCCUACCGAAACGAAGACUAUGACCGCAAGAUCCUGGAAGAAAUGGGCGAGCUGGGCCUCCUCGGCGCCAGCAUCGAGGGAUACGGAUGUGCGGGCGUGAGCACCGUGGCGUCGGGUCUCAUCACCAAGGAGGUCGAACGUGUGGAUUCGGGAUAUCGGUCGGGGAUGUCCGUGCAGAGCUCUCUGGCGAUGACUGCCAUCCACGACUUUGGGAGCCAGGAACUCAAGGACCGUCUUCUGCCCGAGCUGGCCAAGGGCAAGAUAGCCGGGUGCUUCGGGCUGACCGAGCCCAACCACGGCUCGGACCCGGGCUCAAUGGAGACGGUAGCGCGCGAGCACCCGACCCAGAAGGGCGUCUACUUGCUCUCCGGGAGCAAAACCUGGAUCACCAACUCGCCCAUUGCGGAUGUCCUGGUCGUUUGGGCUAAACUGCAGAGCACCGGCAAGAUCCGCGGGUUCCUCGUGGAGCGCAGCAAGUGCCCCCCCGGGACGUUGGCGACGCCGGCUAUCAAGAAUAAGACUGCCCUGCGUGCGUCGAUUACGGGGAUGAUCCAGCUGGAUGACUGCCCGGUCCCCGUGGAGAACAUGUUCCCGGAGGUGGAGGGUCUGGUGGGACCCUUUACCUGCCUGAACAGUGCUCGUCUGGGGAUUGCGUUCGGAGCCAUGGGGGCUCUGGAGGACUGUAUCGACCGUGCCCGCAGCUACGCGCUGGAGCGAAAGCAGUUCAAGGGGAACCCUUUGGCGAAGUACCAACUGAUUCAGAAGAAGCUGGCGGAUGCGGCUACGGACGCGGCAUAUGGUACUCUGGCCGCGGUCCAAGUUGCCCGGUUGAAGGAUGCUGGCAAGUGCCUUCCGGAGAUGAUUUCAAUGAUUAAGCGGCAGAAUUGUGACCGGGCGUUGGCCAACUCCCGAAUCCUCCAAGAAGUAUUUGGCGGCAACGCAACCAGUGACGAGUAUCAUAUUGGCCGUCAUGUAGCCAACCUGUUUGUGGUACAGACGUAUGAAGGACAGAGUGAUAUCCACGCGUUGAUUCUGGGCCGUGCCAUUACCGGCGUGCAAGCAUUUUGUGAUCCACCCUCUUCCUGCUCUGCUGGGCCUGUGGGUGAUGAUUUGGGUGACUCUCCAUACUCAGGAGGCGUGUUCUUCCUCAACAUCCACUUCCCUACCGACUACCCAUUCAAGCCGCCAAAGGUCAACUUCACCACCCGGAUCUAUCACCCCAACAUCAACUCGAACGGAAGUAUCUGUUUGGAUAUCCUCAGAGACCAAUGGAGCCCAGCCCUGACAAUCUCGAAAGUGCUGCUCUCCAUCUGCUCGAUGCUCACAGAUCCCAACCCCGAUGACCCGUUGGUCCCCGAGAUCGCACAUGUGUACAAGACCGACCGCCCUCGAUACGAAUCAACCGCCCGUGAAUGGACUCGCAAAUACGCUGUUUGA